AUGCAGUCCGCCGCCCUCCUCCGCGCCGCCGCCCGCGGCUCCUCCAUGGUCCGCGCCGCCGCCGCCCGUCCCGCACCUUUCGCUGUUCGCUCGGCCGUUGCCGCUCGCCCUUUCAGCGUCUCUGCCUCCCGACGAGCCGAGCACGCUGAGGAGACCUUCGAAGAGUUCACUGCCAGAUUCGAGAAGGAGUUUGAUGCUGUGCAGGACGUCUUCGAGCUCCAGCGCAACCUCAACAACGCCUUCGCCUACGAUCUCGUCCCCUCGCCCUCUGUCGUCGCCGCUGCCCUCAAGGCUGCCCGGAGAGUCAACGACUUUGCUACUGCUGUCCGCAUUUUCGAAGGCAUCAAGGCCAAGGUCGAGAACAAGAACCAGUACCAGCAGUACCUGGACGAGCUGAAGCCUCUGCGAGAGGAGCUGGGUGUCUCACUGAAGGAGGACCUUUACCCCGAGGAGAAAUAA